AUGAAUGACGCUUCUACGGGCGCGAGUUCGAAGCAUAAGCGGGCACAUGGCGACGAGGAGGAGCCCGAGCCAGGGGAUUCCGGCAGUACUGAUGCUAGUGGCCAAAGUGGGAGUGAUGAUGGGUCUGAGUUCCCUUUGACAAAGGGAAAGCCCAACACACGUGCAAAAGGGAAAAGACAGAAAAUUUCUACUGCUGCUGCUGCUGCUGCAGGUGCUGAGGAACCAACAACCCCUAGCACGAAAAGCAAGCGUGCCCCUCCUAGUAAGAUUACUUCGCCAGAAAAGUCUUCUCCAGCUGUAGGUGUCAAGAAGGGUGCCAUCUCGUUUAUGACGAGGAAGGAGGCCGAGAUGGUGUUUGAUAUGGCGAUCGAAAGUGCGAACUGGGGGCUUAUUAUGGAAAAAUUGAAUAGUAACAAGUCUGGAUCGAAGGUAUCUUGUUCGGGGAAUUUGAAGAGACAUGUUCUAACCGUCUUGAAGAAACAAGCUCUGAGUGGUUAUAAUUAA